AUGCGCAAUGUUGUCAACCUCAUAACCUCCUUAUUUGCCCAACAAAAACUACUACUAUUUAUUAAUUGUAAUUAUUUUAUUUUAUUUUUGAUAUAAUUCGAAACAUGGAGGAUCAUACAACCGAUGAGGAAAAAUUUCAUUCAGACAACUCAAUCAAAUCGAAUUUCUUUCAAUAUUACAAGAACAAUUCUAAGACUUCAAAUCUCACUUUACAACAGAGAAGAGAAACUUUCCUGAAUGCACAUAAAGAGAAACACAGUUCAGCCUUUGAUGAACGUCGUGAUUUGUCUGAGCUUUUUGAAGAAUAUGAUUGUACAAGUGAUGAAACAGAAGGCGAGUUAAUGGAGGUGGAAAAAUCCCCUCGACGUAAAAAAAUUAGAUUCCGUGUUUCAAUGUCGGAAUGGUUUACACAAAUACCAGAUGAUUUAUCAGAUAAAUGGUUAGUUAAGUUUUGUCCAGUUGGUAAAAGACGUCUUAUAAUAUCGAACAUGGGCAAAACGAAAUGUUUUAAUAAAUUUGGUCAAAAGUUAUUUCACUUCAUAUCAAGUUUACCAGGAGGUAGUCGGAAAUAUACAAAAAAGGGAGGAUUGUCAGUGUUAGAUUGUAUUUUCAAUGAAAAAACUAACACUUUUUUCAUUUUGGACAUGCUCGUGUGGAAUUCUGUUUCAUUUUUAGACUGUGAGGCUGAACUGAGGCACUGUUGGAUGAGAUCCAGGUUUUUAGAAAAUCCUGAAGAAUUCACACCUUAUGGUAAAAAUUCUUAUACAUUCAAAUUUUUAUCAGAGUAUCCUGCUGAUAUAGAGACUAUACGAUCGGAAAUGUGGCUGUAUGAAACUAAGAAUGAAGUCAUUUGUGAUGGAUUAAUUUUUUAUCACAGAGAAUCUCCAUAUAUAUCAGGUUUGAAUCCUUUGAUUACAUGGUUGAAACCUUUUAUGUUACCUGAAGUAUUGAAUAUUGACGUUCCACAAGAAUAUGACAAGAAACGGCCAUCUAAUUACAUUAAUUUAAAAUCAUAUUUGAUGAAUAUUAGUGAGAAACGUAAAAGGAGAUCACAAAUGGAAUUGAUGGAGACUGAGGAGAGUCCAAGGAAUUAGGAAGACUUAAUACAAAAUUUGAUUGUAUCUUUGAGUUAUUAUUACAACUAGGGGAUUAUGUAUAGUUUAUUUCCUGAGGUUGACUAGUUAAAAACCCAGGACUGAGGCCAAGGGAAAUGUAUUUAUAUUUUUUUUUCUGAUUGAAUAUUGACGAACAGAUGAAUUUUUCAAACAACCAACUUUAGUGAAACACAUGUCCUGUAACACGUUUAGAUUAUCCAAACACGACUAUUCAGCAAUCUCACUCAUCAGAAUCUUUUCAAAGGUAUUUUUGCAGACAAGCUGAAGAGUAUACUUUAUAUUUGGAUAAGCUACAAAGAACCUGAAGUUACGGUUUCCUAGGACACUGUCCAUCGUCAUGUUUCGUAUUUAAAAUAAUCAUUUUUUCUUCUUUUUGUUGUUGACUUGUCCUAUUCAUAUUUGUGUCUUAAAGAUUAAUAAAAAUUCUAUUCUAAUGUGAAUACAUAUCUUUUGGUUGUCUAUAUAUCUCAGAAUGUAACUAGCUAAUCUCAGGAAAAGUACUCUGAAUAUUCCCUUAAUUGCAAUAAUAGCUAUUGUAUAUAUUAUGUAUUCUAUAUUGUUAUGUAUAUUUUAAUGAAAUAAAAAACAUAAUGAGAACA